GCUCUAUCCGCUGAGCCGAAAGCGAGCUUCUAAUAGCAGCAGUUGAAAUUCAAAACAUCUUUCACCAUCGCCCCUGCCGUGCUUCUAGUCUUCUCAGAAAGAGAGAAAAAAAUGAACAAAACUAAUAAUUUACCAGCCGAAGAAGGAAGAAGAAAUUCAACGGUCGCUCGCUCGGUGCCCACACUAUUCCACGUUUGAACCUUUCGUCCCCCUUUCUUUUCUAAAAAGUUGAACACACUUUGAAGAAUAUGUCUGAUAGUGCUCCCACAUUGACCAAAUUUUAAUAAUACCAAAUUCUUCUUCAAAAAGAAAAAAAAAAAGACCAAUCCCUCUCUCUUACGCCAUCUUUUCUUUUCUUUGACUCCCCCUUAUUCUUUUCCUUGAAAAACUUGUUCAAAUCAAAAUCCACAUUUCUCAUUUUUUUUUUCUCUCUACUAGCAAAGAUGGUGAGGAAUGAGAUGUUCAUCACAAUACCAAACUAUUUCAAAUGCCCAAUCUCAUUAGAUGUAAUGAAAUCACCGGUGAGUCUAUGUACAGGCGUCACAUAUGAUAGAUCAAGUAUACAGAAAUGGUUAGAUAAUGGUAAUAAUACAUGUCCAGCUACUAUGCAAGUUUUACACAGUCAAGAUUUCAUACCUAAUCAUACUCUUACUCGUUUGAUUCGUACUUGGUCCGAUUCAAUACAAGAUCAUUCAUCAUCAACUCCGGUUUCGGCUCCUCCUCUGCUUUCCCACAGACAAAUUCAGAAUUUGAUUAAGAAUAUCGAGAAAAGAGAUGAGAAUUGCGUUGGUUGCUUACGUAAUCUGUAUGAUUUUUCUCAAGAUUCUGCCGAGAAUUGUAAGUUUCUGGUGAAUAUCGAUGGAUUUCUUGAUGUUCUUGUUGGUGUUCUUAGUAAUAAUGGUGAUGUUGUUGAUGAUUCUGAUUUAGAGAUUAGAAUUAUGGAAGAGACGAUUAUAAUUUUGGAUCUGGUUUUGAAAGAAGACAAUGAUUAUUCAGAAUUGAUUAGAUCGAUGGUUAGAAAUCAGGAUCUAUUAUCUUCGGUUACUUUGGUUUUAAGGAAAGGAAACUUAGAAUCAAAGAUUAAGUCGGCGAGUUUAUUAGAAAUUCUUGCUUUUCAAGAACCAGAAUCAAAGCUUUUAAUCGGUGAAAAGGACGGCAUAUUAUUCGAGUUAUUGCGUUUAAUCACUACUGAAGGCUCAGAUUCUUCUUCUUCUUCAAUAGCGAUCGAAACUGGGUUGUCAUGUUUAAUUUCACUAUCAAUAUCCAGAAGAAUCAGACUACGGAUCAUAAGAAACAAAGGAUCAGUUCAGAAACUAGGGACACUAUUGAUGAAUUCAGAGUCUAGAGUUGCCGUGAUAGAAAAAGUAUUGAAAUUGUUAGAAAUGAUAUCUGCCGUUACCGAAGGAAGAACGGCUAUAUGCGAUGAUCCGUUCAUCGUGAAAUCGAUAUUUCAGAAGAUGUUUAAAGUAUCAAAUGCGGCAACAGAUCACGCUGUGGUCAUAUUAUGGAGUGUCUGUUAUUUGUAUAGAGACUCAAAAGCACAAGAAUCAGUAAUGAAGAGCAUAAAUGGGCCAUCCAAAAUACUGUUGUUGAUGCAGACUAAUUGUUCAGCGUCGAUUAGGCAAAUGUGUGGUGAUUUGCUAAAAAUAUUUCGUGUGAGCUCUAAAUCUUGUUUGUCCAGUUAUGAUACUAAAACUACACAUAUAAUUCCUUUUUAACGAGUAGGGUUCGUAUUUUUGUUAGGUUACUAAAGAAAAUUCUCAAAGAUUACUUACUGUAAAUCGAAAGCAAAAUUUUGAUAAAAGGAAAUUCAUUUAAAUUUGCCA